ACAGUAGAGGAUCACUAGAACGACCGCCCUAACAAAAUCAUCGAAUCAUUUCUCCAUGCCUUGAGAAAGAUUUCCUCUCCAUUUUCCCAACGAUUUCGUUUUCGUUUUCGCCCUCAUCGAUGUCGAAAGAACCUUCUAGUAACGCCAACAAUGCGACGUCGCAGCCCUCUCCAUCGUCGGCGGGGGAUUCCUUCAUCGGAAGCUUCAUCAGCGUCAUGUCCAAAUCCGAGAUUCGCUACGAGGGGAUUCUAUACUUCCUAAAUCCUCAGGAUUCCACAUUCGGCCUCAAAGAUGUGAGAACAUUUGGCACGGAGGGGAGAAGGAAUGACGGGAAAGAAGUUCCACCAAGCGACAAAGUCUUUGAAUACAUUCUGUUUCGUGGGAGUGACAUUAAAGAUGUAAAAGUAAUAACUAACCCACUAGUCCAAAAGCAGGAGAAAGUUCACAACGAUCCUGCAAUUAUAGAGUCAAACUAUCAUAUUCCACCAUAUAGUUCAUCACAUUCGGUCUCACCUGUCCCUGGAUAUUCGACGGAAUCCAAGUUCUACAGCGAAUCAUCUGGAUUGAAUGCGAGAUCCCACUUAAACAUGUUGCCUUCCAAUCCUUCUGGAAGUCAGAUGGGAUGGGGCUCUUCUCAGUCAACCCAUAGCGGUUCAUCUUCUUAUGACAUACCAACAGGUCCAACACAAUGGCAGGGAUAUCAUGCCGCACCAGGGGGCACUAGUAUUGCUCAACAACAUCCCUUGUCAUCAGCUCCCAUGACGCAUCUCUUACAGAACCCAGCAUCUACAGCCAUGGCAAUGACAAAUAUGCCAGAUUUUGUUCCUUCCGGGUAUCAACUUGCAGCUUCCAGUUCUAGUUGCUUAAAUUCGUCACCGAAUUCUACUUCUGAGCAACUGCUUCCAUCCAUGCUGCACAGUAAUUCACUUUCUUCAGAGCAAUCUCAGCCCUUAUAUAAUUCCACAACAAUAAACUCAAGGGGGUUGACCCAACCUUUGCCAUUAGCCUAUCAGAACACAGGCAGCAUUGAAGCUCAAGCUGCUAACAAAGUUGUUCCUAAUCAUGCAUCAUCCCUCCCUGCCCAGUUCUUACCAUAUUCAGCAUCUUCUGGUAUGGGCCAAAUAUCAAACUCUUUUCUUGGAGCUCCUAACCCAUCUCAGCCCAGACUAUCUGAAUAUUCUAUGUCAAACAAUUUAUAUGCUGAACCGAAUGAUGUAACUGGUACUAGUUCAAAUUCCCCAAAUUUCUUGUCAUCAGCUGCUGGCCCAGCAGUUCAUCCACCUCUUUUGCCACUUCCACCAACUGCACAAAAGUUGCAAUCCCCUCUCCAGUUUACCGAAGAAUUUGAUUUUGAAGCAAUGAACGAGAAGUUUAAGAAAGAUGAAGUAUGGGGUUAUCUUGGAAAAGCAAACCAAAGAGAGAAUAUAGAUGGGAUGCAAAGUGCAAUCAAAAGCCAAGAAUUUGGGGAUGAUAAACUUGACUUGAUAUCGAAGAGUGAUCCCAAGCCUGCAUACAGCAAGGAUGACUUUUUUGAUACAAUUUCUUGUAAUUCUCUUGGAUGGGGAACUAGGGAUGGGCAGAAUCAAUUAUCUGAGAGAGUUAAACUAAACUCUGAGACAUUUGGCUAUUUUGAAAGAAGAUCUCAGUUUGGUUAUGGUGGGCAGAGAAGUGGACAUGGUCAGCAUCGUGGCCCAUACAACUGGGGAAGAGGAUAUAACUAUGGUUAUAGAGGUCAUGGCCGUUACACGUAAAGAUGACAGAGGUCAUUUCAUGAUUCGAAGCAUGAAGUUGCUGAUGAAACCUGAAUUGGGAUCUUCUUUCAGUUCUUCAAUAAGCUGAUUCUUAAACCGGCAAUGAAGGAUUUUGGAUUAGUUAGCAUGCCACUUACUAGAUUUUUUUUGCACCUAUAGUUUAGACAUGGCAGGGCCAUAUUAUUUUUUGGCUCUUGAACCUGCUGACUUCUCAAAUUAAUAGUUUUAAUUACUGGCUUUUAA